UUCUCUGCGCAUACACGGUUACAUGCUGCUUUCCACGCAGCCCGAGCUGUAGCAACGGUAAAUGUGGUCCUUGAACGACACACAGUCCAGGCUCACUCGCAUGGCCUUCAGGAUUGAGAAAAACUUCUUGAUUUUGACCUUAUAAUCCUACUUCCAAUCCAGCAGGAAGGAGGAGGAAGAGGAGGAUGACAAUGCAGCGCAUCUUAACUCGUGGGACACUGCAGCGGGCGGCUGCAGUGCGCGCGCUAAUGGUUGGCGGUGCCGUCCCGGAGUGUCCGCUCGUUUUCAGCUGCUGCACACUCCGCCUGUCGCUGUUGCAGCCUGUUGGCCGGCGAUGGCUCUCCACGUCAGCCUGCAGCAAAGCAGCGCAUCAACCAAAACACCAGCCGCCUCAAGAGGAGCCACAGCCCAGCUCCACACCUCCAUCACAAAACGUCCAGAAAAGGGAAGCUGAGCCUGAUCCCAUAGAGGUGGAUCCACUUCAGGACAAGUCCAUCGGCCUGUACCAAAGGUUUAAGAAGACCUUCAAACAGUACGGGAAGGUGAUGAUUCCGGUGCAUCUGGUCACAUCCUCCGUCUGGUUUGGAACUUUCUAUUAUGCUGCUAUGAAAGGUGUGAAUGUAGUGCCAUUCCUGGAGAUGAUUGGUCUACCAGAGUCACUAGUUGGCCUUUUGAGAGACUCAUCGAGUGGCUACGCACUGACUGCGUACGCCAUGUACAAGAUUGCAACCCCUGCCAGAUAUGCUGUGACUUUGGGCGGCACAUCGCUGUCAGUUCAGUAUCUCCGAAAGCACGGCUACCUGUCCACACCGCCGCCGGUUAAAGAGUACCUCCAGGACAAAAUGGAGGAGACGAAGGAGUUGCUGACAGAAAAGAUGGAAGAGACAAAGGAGAGGUUUUCAGAGAAAAUGGAAGAGACAAAAGAACGCUUCUCUGAGAAAAUGGAAGAGACUAAAGACAAACUCUCUGAGAAGCUGCAGGAAACCAAAGACAGAGUCUCUGAGGGAAAAGCUUUUUUUAGAAAGAAAGGCGAUUAGUGAAUCAUGGUUGUCCUCUAUUAAAAAGGCUCGUCCUGAUUUCCUGAGUAACAAAUAGGGGGCAAAUAAACAUUUAUUUCUCAGAGCAUCUGGAAAGAGGAGUGAAGCAUUGCACUAUCCCUGUCCUGGCUCAUGUCACCGAUCACCUGUUGUCUAUUUAAGUGUCCACUUUGAUCCCUCAUUGUCUGAACCCUGCCACGAUGCGCUGGAAGUGUAGACAAGACAGCAGCUCAGCUGGCAGCGCUGAGUCUGGCUCCGUCAUUUCAGACUGGAUUUACACGGCUCAUCCAAUCUGGACUUUGACGCGUAGUUGACCAGACAGGAAUCACACACACAUACGAGAGGUGGCUUCAGUGGCAGUGAAGAGAGCAGCGCUAAUCUUUCUGGUUGAUAGGAAAAUAAAACUUGAAGCUCAUUGUUAUCUGUGUAGUGUUGGAGCCUUUCUGGAGGCUGGAGGUACCACCUUGUGUCUUUUAUAAUGUAAUUAGAGAGAAAUUAUGUUUUUUAAUGUAUUUUUUUCUGAUAGCCAAAGCUGAUAUUUGACAUCAUCAGUGGUGUCUGCACCACUUAAUGCAACGACUGAAGGUGUUUAUGAAAUGACUUGAGGAGAUGAUUAUUGGAGCGGAAAUGGUCACAGUGCAUGUUUGUGAUGACACACAUACUUGAUCAGAACUACUGGCACCUAUGAAUAGUACAUAGAAAAUUUAAAUAACUUAAGAAAUAAAUGCAAAUGGAUCAAGUUUGUAAAAUCAGAAUAUUUUGAUAUAAGGUCCAGAAAACAUGAAUUAAAAAUGGAUCAAAUCUUAUGUAGUUUCGCUUUAAGAGAUGAAGAUGUAAAGGUGAAGAUCAGAGGUGUCAGUUUCAGAAAAAACUGCAGUUCCACUUUCCUCAAGGCUUUCCCAAACUGAUUGUCAUUGCUUUUAUUCUCAAGAUGUUUUAUUCACAAAAGUGAGGUGCAGCUAAGAAAAAAUAUAAAACGUCGAGCUGACCUGGACCAGUGUUCAUGGUUUCUGUUCAUGCUGCAGAUUGAACUAAGUGUGGUGAAGGCCAAGGAGAGAAACACCAUUCACUUCACAGAAGGCCAGAAUCAGAUCAAGCACCGUCUUUCUGGCAGGGUGUUUUGUACUUACUGGAAACCAAAUUAAAAUAAGAAUUAAGAAUGCAGUGCACGAGUAAGUUAUGAUUCAGAAAAACAUGAGGGAGGUUGACCUCCUGUCUGAAUGAAUGAAAAGAACGAUCAGAUUGAAGGUUGGAUGUGAAGGUCUUCACACUCGGAGCAGAACAGCUGAAAACACAUUCAGUUUAAAACUGGCGAGCAUCUUUAAAUCUGCUCUGAAAAGCUUUGAGAAAUGAAAUGAGUCAGUACAAGAAAGAUGUGAGAAACUACCAGACAUGCAAGGAGCUGCCCAACGCUUUGCACUAUAAUGCUAAAUUUUCUCUUUUUAAUGAAAAUAUUUGGAUUUUACAAAAUUGUGUUUGUAUGUAAAGCUGCACGUGAAAUAACUGGAUGUGAGGACUUGGGAUCAGGACUGAACAUGCAGCGGGUGCAGCAGAAAGGAACAGAACGUGAUACGUGGAUGUUUAAUGUUGACAGAGUGCCAGAAAAGUGGUCUAACUUUAAUUUAUUGAAUAACGUUCUUGCUGGAAAUUCACACUAAUGUCUGAUUGAAUAAAAGUCAAACUGAUAAAGUUUGGAGCUGUUUUUA